AUGGGUUUUUUGUCUUGUCUUCAUACUGCUAUCAAUAAAAGUGUUAUUUAUAACAAUAUAAAUUUGAAGCCAAAACAAGUAAAGUGCUUGGAGGCGCUUUAUAAAAAGAAAGACUGUGUCGCUGUUUUACCUACAGGUUACGGAAAAUCAUUGAUAUACCAAUUGCUGCCAUCAUUGCUGAACAAACAAAAUAUCUUUGAACAAAUACAAUUAGGUCGUGAAUUAAGCCUAAAUACUCCUGUUAUUCUUGUUGUUUCACCUCUAAAUUCUCUUAUUUGUGAUCAACUAAGAAAGCUAAAUAACGGCGCGGAUUUGAAAGCAGUAUUUCUUGAAAAAGAUUCCACCAGUUUCUGUGAGGCACCUGAUAUCAAGGACGCAUUGUUUGACAUCAUGUUUCUUCAUCCGGAGGCAUGUUUGUCGUCAAAAACAGGAAUGGAUUUAUUCCAGUCUUUGCCAUACCAAAAAUCGGUCAAAGUUAUUGUUGUCAAUGAAGCUCACUGCAUUUUUGGGUGGGGUGAUAAUUUUAGGACUGACUAUUCCUAUCUUGGUAUGCUGUGCUCUUUUUUCCCAUCAGUUCCAGUCUUAGCACUUACUGCAACUGCAAGCAAAAAAGAUAGAGAAGUAAUAAAGAGCACCUUGCACAUGAGGAAUCCACUGGAAGUUGUAGGAAGCUUAAACAGAACAAAUAUUUUCUUCAAAAAGGUUUUCAGGAAUGGUCCAGAUAUUGAAUCAUAUGAAGAAAUUUUAACACCAAUUGCAAUGAAGCUAUUAGAACAAAAAACUGAAUUUCCCAUGACAAUUAUUUAUCUCAACUUAAGAUGGUGUGGAUUUGCAUAUAGGCUCUUUGAAAGAAUUUUAGGCAAGGAGCAAUAUUUUCCAACUGGUGCAGACACAAUUCCUGAGAAUCGAUUAAUCUCCCAAUUCCACUCGCCACAAACUGCUACCAUGAAGGAACAUAUUUUGAACGAACUUGCACACCCUGGUUCAAAGUUGAGAGUUGUUUUUGCCACAGUUGCAAUGGGCAUGGGGGUGGAUAUGCCCUCAAUGAGAAACAUUAUCCAUAUUGGACCACCUAGAACUGUUAGGGAGUACAUGCAAGAAACUGGACGAGCAGGCAGAGAUGGAUGUGCCUCAACGGCUGUGUUGUAUUAUAAUAAUAAAGACAUAGCAAAGAACAGGAAAGGGAUCACUGAGGAAAUUAGGGACUACCGCAACUUGGAUUAUUCAUGCAUGAGGAAAUUUCCUUUAGAUUGUUUAGAUGUGACACUUGGAACAGGUUGUUGGCCACUUUUGCUGUAG